AUGGAUUGGCUGCAUGGGAGUUUCCUGGGUUUUCUCAUGUGUGAUGUAGAUACUUACCAGUUUCCUUUAAAUCCUCCGCGAAGGCAUUCCUUCCCAUGGCAACCUUCGAGCUGUCUUGUCUUAAACUAUUUACCUAAGUUGAUGUGCCACUGCAACAAUAAAGGUCUUGCAAGGAAUAUUGACGAUUUGACUAGAGUUACAGCCUUACCUUUCCAGUAUUUACCACUAUUAACAGUGACUGAAGGAGCGCUUAAACAGGCUGGCAGAGUUAUCAGUAACAGAUCAUUUUUCCAAAAUCAAUUGGCAAGUGGUUUGAACAAAAGGCCUCUCUGUGUUUCACGCACUCCUCUACCUCCCAAUCUUGCCCCUCAUGAUCCUGUUACAAUCUCAGAUGUAUGUAGAACGGCCACACCUCUCAUCCCACCUAUUCCAGAACAUGAAGAUGGCGUCAGUUGGGUAACUGCAGCUUUCUUGCUCAUCAAUGCAGCUCUUGGUAUCGGAAUCCUCAAUUUUCCAGCAGCAUAUGACCAGGCUGGUGGAAUUGUUUCAGCUACUAUCACACAACUGGUAAUGCUAGUCUUAAUCAUAUUGACCAUGCUCAUUCUGGCGUAUUGCUCUGAUGUCAAUCUUGACGUCACUUACCAUGACGUACUGAUGUCUAUGUGUGGUCGCAAAGCCCAGAAGCUGGCUGCUCUGUCGAUCACGUGCACAUGUUACGGAGUCUGUGUAGCCAUAUUCAUCAUUAUCGGAGACCAAUUAGAUCGACUGUUUCUAGCGGCUUUUGGGUCCACAUUUUGUCAUCACUGGUACCUGGAGCGUCAUUUCACCAUUCCCGUGGCUGCAGUUCUGUUCAUUCUGCCUAUAUGUUACUUCAGAAGAGUAGACUUUCUGAGAUAUGCUGGCUCAUUAGGUAUAUUUGCAAUGUUGUAUCCAGUCUUUCUCACAGUUUAUGGAUACUUCAAACUAGAUAUAAAGAAUGUUCAGAUCAAAACUGAACCAGAUACUAUUUCCCAACUCCUCGUUUCUGUUCCUGUGUUGUGCUUUGCUUAUCAGUGCCAAGAAGUUGUGGUCCCUGUGUACUCCUGCAUGAAGAAUCGCACACUGGGAAACUUCACCAAGUCUUGCUGUCUGUCCAUGAGCUUUCUUAUCGUUAUUUAUUCCACUAUCGGUUGCUUCGGUUACCUGACUUUCGGGUCAGUGGUGACCCCGAACGUAAUGAAAAUGUACGAUGCUGAGGAUCCUGUAGUCAUGAUAGGCAUUGGUGCUCUGAUCGUGAAAAUGGUUGUCACUUAUCCUGUACUAGCACUAUGCGGAAGGGGUGCAGUAGAUGGCUUAUAUUCUGAAUUAUUCCGUUUAUCGGCGGCUGAUUUUGUUGAUGGUGAGAAAAGGAGACGAAUCAUCAUUGCAAGUGUUUGGUUCUGUACAUCUCUAGUAUUGGCCCUUUACACUAGUAACAUUGGAAUAGUUAUACACGCCUUAGGCUCCAUUUCGUCGGCAAAUAUCUUCAUUUAUCCAGGUAUCUGUUUAAUAAGAGUGAUAUUACAAACGGAUCCGAAACUGAAGGAUCUUAAAAGCUAUUUCCUCAUCGCUGCUGGUAUUCUAUUGGCUGCUAUCGGCGCUUUCUUCUUUGGCGUUAUCCUUGUGGACACCAUCUUGCACGGUAGUGGAAACAGUCCAAACGAAGUUCUGUGCUCCUGAAUUGUGAAAUAAAGGAUUUAUGAAUAUUUUUGGGAAAUCUUCGUGCAGCUAGAAGUAUUUCAGCGGUUUGAACGAACAUCCACGUUGUUUGGACUUCAGUCACGGAGGACUGAUUCUAAAGAAACAAUUACUAAACUUCAAAAUAUCAUUUUUUAAAAGUUUAACAUAAAAAUAUUUAAACAGAAUUUAUAAGAUAAAUACAUCAAUAAAAGCAAAGCAAGAUUUUGAAAAGAGGACUUACGUUCAUAAGACUGAUAAACUGUUUGUUCUUACAUGUCAUUUGUAUGAUUUCAAAAUAUCGUCUGAAUCAUCAUAGAAUUCUAGCUUUUAUCCAUCAAACUGGGUGGUGGAUUUAUCCAACCAAGCGAUACAUUUACGGUGUGUGUAAAUGAUAUGAAAUCUAAAAGCUUGCCGCACUUUAUGGCAGCAAUUCGUAGGCCUUGGUUCGUAAAUUAUGAGCAAGCUGCUGUUUAUAGUCGAAUUAUUCGUAAUACAAUUUUCUAAGCUCAAAUUUCUUACGCUUCAUGGAUAACCUAAGAAUGCACUGUUAAGUAUUCCUACUAUAAAUAUGUGAUUUUUGUGAUUGCACUCGUGAACAAUUAUUAUUUUUAAGAUUCUGAAUUUUCUCUUUACUAAAAGACGUUUUACAUACAUCUGCUGCUAUGUUAUUUUGUCGCGAGAAAAAUGCGAACAAUUUUUUUUCUAAGCUAUAUGCAAAGCUAUGGAAACUUCUAUUUGAAACCUGGAUUGUUAGUGUUUUACUUGUCAUCAUGUAGCCGGAAAUGAACAGUUGACCUGUUUAGUAUUCUGACUUUGAAUAAGGUACAGUAUCAUGGGAAGCUGGUAUUUCUGUGAUUUCGAUUAACAAAUCUUGUAUUUUAGAAUGCAAUCUCGUACAACUGCCAGUUGUUUUUAGAGAUGAUUAAAUGUUUUCAUCUCAAAAUCUUAACGUUAUUAAAUCUUUUCUAAAAACAUUA